UAAUGACUACAUGGAACUUUUCACUGUUUAAUAAAGUCUUUAGAGCCAUUGCACACAAACUCAUGAAAAAAAAACACAAUAACAAAACAACACAAGAAAGGCUCAAUCAGCAACAGUUAUUAAGGCAUAGUAUGUAGACGAAGUAAUCGAUUAAAUAAUCAUUGAAUCGCAAAUGUAUACGAAAACAGUUCUAUUUCAAGCACUGGUGCUUUGUUCUAUGAUUAAUUUUUACAUCACUCAAACAUGGGAUCGCAGGUGUGAUACAAAACGAGAGAAACUAAAAGUUCUAGAAAUGUACGUCUGGAAUAAAUCCGACCAUUCAUGGCUCGACUACCAACAGAGGUACUGCAACAUGAGGUGUAAAGGGGAAGAACUGAUCGUUUACAGUAUACAUAGGCCUACAUCAUGGAAUUAUGAGUGUAUCCAGUGCCACUGUAAGAGACCUGCCUGUGAGCACUACCGUAUUUGCUGUCCAGAUAUUUCAGUGCCGUUUGACCGUAAGAGCGUGUAUGCAGAAGAAAUAUUAACAAAUAAAAUAUUAGCGCCUUUAGACCAAGCUGCUUACAGAAAAAGAAGUGCUACGCCAACUCUUGGCUGUGAAUAUCACCCACGCUUGGAUCGUAGAUUCCUAUUUAUCCGUUCCUGCCAAGCAGACUAUGAUGUCAACCAAACUGUGAUAGACCUGUGUGAAAUGGACAGACAGCCACACGAGCAGACGAUAGAGACUUUUAUCAAGGUCGUUGACCUGGAGCGACAAAUAGUUUACAGAAACAAAUUUUGUGCGCUGUGCAAUCACGUGAAUAACUUUAAGUCGGUGCCAACUACAAUGCGGACGGAUACCUUCAAAACUUACUACAACGCCAUGAGCAGAGACAAAAUGUUGCAGCAAGUACUCCAAAACGUCGUGGAAGUUGAUGGAACCUUUCCACAGAACUUUACGUUGCUGGGCUGUUCGUUUCUAAGUGUACCUAUAGACCACUGUAGGAAGAAAAGUGAGACAGUAAUUAAAGACGGUGACAUAAUCAGAGCUUGUGAGACAACCCAACUUGGCAACGAGCACAUGGUUUAUAGCAUGCCUGCAGAUAAAUUCUACAAGAGCAUUUUCUGCGCCAUUUGCAAUGAGGCAAUGGAGCGGGUACUUGUGGCCUCCAAGAUACGAAGAGGUCUCCAGGUUUUCGAGGUGUCUCUCAGAUCCAGCCAGUCACAGGGAUCAUUUCAGUGGUCCGACCGCAAUCGUCGGGCCACCUCGCUAGCUUGUCUACAUAGAGUCAUAGACGGUUGCACUCCCUGCGGCAUUCCGGGGUAA